CUACAGGACAAAUGAUCAGCAUCUGUUAGUGUCCACUAAAAGUUCUGUUCAGUUCUGUCUUAACAUUAUUUUCUCUUGUGGAUGCAACUCUCGGCAGGGAUGCCGAACUUGAACGCAACACCGGAGAGGAUGCUAGGUUAGCUAGCUAUAACGUUAGCUUACAGCAUGGCACUCGUUAGCGCUUAAACUCGGAGCUUAUUAACGCUUCCCCGGUGUCUUUACUAAAGUUAAUUUGGAAACCUAAAGCAAGCUGGUAACAAGACGUCACCGGAGAGGUUAAAAGUUCAGAGACUUGCAGCAGAAACAGGAAGCCGAUGGAUCCAUCAGAGCCAGCCUCCUUCUAUCUGAGAAGCACCUCGACAGUUUCUCUCCAUGAGCGCUUCUCUCAGGUGCUGGUGGACCAGCUGAACCGCUCCAAGACGAUGACCUUUGACCCCGUCCUGCUGCAGCAGAGGGGGGGGAGUAACCCAAAACGGGCUGUCAUGUGGCCGAAGAAGCUGCCGCGCAACCUGCAGACCCACGGCCCGUUUGCGGGGCUGAAGCAGCGCCUGAGGAGGAGGAGGAGGAGCGUCUGGACUCGACUCGGCGGGCCACUGCUGACUCGGCGCCUCUCGACCGGCAGACUCCGAGGCUUCUGGAGCUUCACCAACAAGUACAGGUGGAGAAGGAGAUUCACCUCCACCUACAGGGGACGACGUAACCUUCACAGUCGACUCGGUCAGCGUCCCCUCCUGAGGAAGAGAAACAUCCAGAAACUGACUGCAGGAAGUACAAACCUUCAGAGGGGCGGAGCCACGGCCUCCAGGGGGCGGGGGCGGGGCCAGAGCAAAUGCCACGUACCAACCAGGAAGCAGCUGGACGCACAGCUGGACGAGUACAUGUCAAUGUCCAAGAGCCGUUUGGACAAACAGCUGGACGACUACAUGUCGAUGUCCAAGAGCCGUCUGGACGCUCAGCUGGACGAGUACAUGUCGAUGGCCGGGCAGACGCCCUGGGACUGCUAACAACGUUAACGUUUGGUUUGAUACGUGGACGGUUGACUUUAGUUUGGUCUCUCUCGGUGAGUUACGAGCCCUUUCAGAGGCCGUUGCAGUUGAGUUUAGCCGAGAAAAAGUGAGCGUCAUACAGCCACGAUAGUUAAGUUUAGACGCCAAAAGGACUAGUUAAAGGGUCACUUUGGUUCCUUAUAACCCCAAACCCUGUGUUCCCAUGUUUCUGGGUCUAAGUGACUGAUGGG